GGCCGGGGAGGGAAACUGCGACUGGGCGGAGCUGACCACAGCAGUUGGAAUUCACACCAGCAGAACAUUUUGGUAACUGAACGGCCAGAUCUCUCAACUCGUCAACAUGGGGAAGGACUAUUACAAGGCCCUCGGCAUCGGUCGAAACGCCACAGAUGAGGAGAUCCGGAAGGCAUACCGCAAGAUGGCGCUCAAACACCAUCCGGACAAGAACAAGACGCCCGGCGCCGAGGAGAAAUUCAAGGAUAUCGCCGAGGCGUACGAGGUGCUCAGCGACAAAAAGAAGAAGGACGUGUAUGACCGUUACGGCGAGGAAGGACUCAAGGGCAACAUGGGCGGCGGCGGUGGCGGCGGCGCCCCCAACUUCACCUACACCUUCCACGGCGACCCGCGCGCCACAUUCGAACAGUUCUUCGGCACGAAAAACCCGUUCGAGUCGUUCUUCGCGUCGGGCAUGGGCCCGGGCGGCGGCCUAGGUGGGCGCGUGUUCUUCGACGAGGAGAUGGAGGACGGCGGCGUGCCGCUCUUCGGCAUGGGCUCGACGCGGCCCGGCGCUUUCCGCUCGCAGUCCUUCAACACGGGCCCGACCAAGCCGCGCACCAAGCAGCAGGACCCGGCCGUCGAGCACGACCUCUACGUGACGCUCGACGACAUCGCGCGCGGCUGCACCAAGAAGAUGAAGAUCUCGCGCAAGGUGAUGAACCCGGACGGCGUGACGUCACGACGCGAGGACAAGGUGCUCACCAUCAACGUCAAGCCCGGCUGGAAGGCCGGCACGCGCAUCACCUUCCAGCGCGAGGGUGACCAGGGCCAGGGCAAGAUCCCGGCCGAUAUCGUCUUCAUCAUCCGCGACAAGCCACACCCGCUGUUCAAGCGCGAAGGCAGCGACAUCCGGUACGUUUGCAAGAUUAGCCUGCGCGAGUCGCUGUGCGGCACCGUUGUGGAGAUCCCGGUGCUGCACGGGGAGGGCGUGCCGCUGGACCUGACCCGCGAGAUCGUCAAGCCGAAGACGACCAAGCGGCUGCAGGGCCGCGGUCUGCCACACCCCAAGGAGCCGAGCCGGCGCGGCGACCUCAUCGUCACGUUCGACAUCAAGUUCCCGGAGGUGCUGAGCACCAGCGCCAAGGAGAUCCUCAGCAGUGUGAUAUGACUGGCGGACCACUACCUGUGGAGACCGUACUUCGCGGCCGUGAGUGGCGCGCUCUAUAGCCACGAAGGGCGCGACGGCGACGGCGAGAGCGACGGCAACGACACCGACGUCUGGUGAGCAUGCCGACCGUGACGCGGCCGCGGCUCCACCGGGCGCGUUGUAGUGCCAGCCACCGCUCACGCUGGCGGGGGGCCGGCCGCGCCCGCCGGCCGCCCCAGCACCAUAUCGCCAUCAUCGCGGCGGCGGCACGGCGUGGGCGCCGGCCUGGCCGUGCGGCCGCCGCCUUUUACGGCGCCGGCCGGGCCGCGCGCCGCGCACGCCGCUCGAUCGUGUCUUCCACGCCGGACCGUCCAGCACCGCUCGGGGCCGGACGGGCCGACCAGGGGCGCCGCCGCCGCCACGCAGACCGGCCAAUGGCGCCGAAAGCACCCAACUCUGUGUUUUUAUGUGAAUCUAUUGCGUAGAUAUUUAACUCGUGACCGGUUGUUGGCUUGUGCAAGGCUCGAUCAGUUGUGAGAUGACUUCGGGUAUGAGACCUGCCAUAAACGCUUCAUUCGUGCCUCGGUGCUAUACGGACGUCGUUACCUAACUUGUGAAAAUGAUAUGCGAAGGCUGUGUGACUUACGUAUUAAAUAUAUUCGGUAUGACUA